UUUGCGAAAUGUUUGCUCGGGAGGAAUAUUUUUGCAAGCCAAACUGAAAAAAUAACAACCUAUUCCAUGGAGUUGGCAAAAGUUAUUUAAAUUGGAAAAGUACUUCAAUCAUCCAAGCUUGAGUUCUAUAGCUUUUAAACUCUUUAAACAUGAUCUGUUCUAACUUACAAGUAACCCUUGGUUUAUAACCUGAUUAAAUUGCAUUCAAUUAUGCGUGAAGUUAAUGAAAACCCGUCUGAGACUGACGCAUCCAAAUGCAACGAGUGCUACUGAGAAAAAGCUGUAAUAACCUCUAUAAACCCGUUCAGUCAAGCGAUUGACCAUCAGUUCUCUGGAAAACUCAAUGAAAGAUGUGGGACAACGUCAAAGUUCUAUAUAUUAUAUUUGGAUUACUUCUAAUACACCUAACCGCAUCUCAGGGACAAGAGGAAUGCGGAAGACUGCGGGAGAGCCAGCUGUACGAUCGUAAUGAGAUCACCUCGGCGGAUGAGUACACCUGGAUAGGCCGCGUGGGCUACGAGAACUCGGAUAAUGGAGCCAUUGAAUUCCACUGUCUUUCGGUGCUGAUCCACCAGAGAUUUGCCAUUCUUCCCGCCCACUGUGUGCUGAAUAUACCAAAGGCCGAUGCCACAUUCAUCCUUUUUGGAGACUGGCAGGCCCAGCAGAACUUUACGGAUGGGGAUUGCCGCAAGGUUAAGGGCUUCGUCCAGUGCACCACGCCCCCGCAGAGGGUGGACAUUGAGGAGCUGGUGGUGCACCCGCAGUAUAAAUCAGCCGGAACUUUGGAUGGCCUCAACUUCAACAUCGCCCUGGCCAAGCUGGAGAGGAUCGUGGACUUCACGGACUUCGUACAGCCCAUUUGCUUGCCACCCACUGGCGAGGAUAGGGACAAGCACAUAGGUCUGAGGUUGGAGUGGGCGGGGUUCGAUAAGCCUCGAGAUGUGGAGGACUUGGAGCUGGAGAACAUAGAGGAUGAGUGGCGUGUGAAGACGCAGCUCCAAGUAGCCAGCCUGCAGUUCUGCAACUCCAAAAUCUGGAACCGUCGCCCGCUCUUCGAGAAUCACCUGUGCUCGGCGGGAGACAAGAAGAGCGAUCUUCUUUGGGGAUCGCCUCUGAUGGCCUUCGAAGUGCUCGAUGGAAAGCCAAGGAACUUCUACUUGGUAGGGAUACAAAUCAGUUCCAUUUCGGCGCCUGGAGAGGAUCUGGACUCUUUCUUGUUUAUGCGCAUCCUGCCAUUCAGGAGUUGGAUUCAGAAGAAUAUUAAAUAUAACUAGGAAAAACACUCAAUUAAUGGGUGAAUUUUAGUUUUGAUCCUUUUAGAGACGUCUUUAGUUAAAGCUAAUAUGUGAAUCUUUGAAUCAUAAGAAUUCACUGAGUAUUUUUACUGAAAUAUAAUUUUUA